AUGUCCACCAGAAAAGCAACGGCAGCAGCAUCCGCCAAACGUAAAGCUAGUGCCACUCCAGAACCCAUCUCCCAUCUGAAUGGCUCCAAAAAGAAAGCAAAAGUCAGCGACGAUGACCACGAUUUAUCUGAACUCCGACAACCGCAUCACAGCGCAAAAGAGGCGGAAGAAAAUGGCAUUGUGCUGAGGAAAUACUAUCCCCAUGAAAUGUGUAAUCCGCGCGCCAUCGCAUAUAAUAAUAACGAAUUGGAGAGACCAAUUGAGGCUUUACACACUGCGCUUGCGGAAACGGAAAAGGAGAGGAAGGGAAUUGAUAAAGGACGGGAAUGUGUGGUUCAUUGGUUCAAGUGUGAUUUGAGGACGAAGGACAAUACGGCAUUGUGGAUGGCAAGUCAAAAGGCGAAAAAGUUGGGGGUUCCUCUUGUGGCAAUGUAUAUUGUUAGUCCUGAGGAUUUCGAGGCACAUUUAACGGCGCCGGUACGAGUGGAUUUUAUUUUGAGGACGUUGGAGAUUUUGAAGAAGGAUCUGGCGAAAUUGGAUAUCCCGCUUUAUGUUGAGACGAUUGAAAAGAGAAAGAAGGUCGAAGGCAGGAUUCUGGAAUUAUUGGGGGAAUGGGGAUGUUCGCAUCUCUAUGCGAAUAUGGAAUAUGAAGUCGAUGAGUUGAGACGAGAAGCUAGGAUGGUGAGAGCUUGCGUGGAAAAGGGUAUCUGUAUGGAUGUGAUACAUGAUACGUGUGUGGUUCGUCCGGGAGAAUUGAAGAGUGGACAGGGAAAACAAUAUGCGGUUUAUACUCCUUGGUUCAAAUCAUGGGUGGCGCAUGUUCAUGAGAAUUCGGAUCUUCUCGAGCUUUUCGAUGCCCCGGAAAAAAAUCCUUCCAGUGCGCGCGGAACUUUUGCAAAGUUAUUCGAAACGGAAAUUCCAGAUGCACCAAAGAAUAAAUCUUUGACAGCAGAAGAAAAGGAACGAUUCCGAUCCAUGUGGCCAGCAGGUGAACAUGCAGCCCACGAACGACUCUCGAAGUUCGCGGAUGAAAAAAUAAAUAAAUAUGGAGACCAUCGAAACUUUCCCUCCCUAAACUCUACCUCUUCCCUCUCAGUACAUUUCGCAUCCGGAACCCUAUCUUCCCGAACCGCCAUCCGCACCGCGCGCGAUCACAACAACACCAAGAAACUAAAUGCCGGGUACCAAGGAAUCCAAACCUGGAUCUCCGAAGUCGCGUGGCGAGAUUUCUACAAGCACGUUUUAGUCCACUGGCCCUACGUCUGCAUGAACAAACCCUUCAAGCCCGAAUACACCAACAUCGAAUGGGAAUACAACGGCAGCCACUUCAAAGCCUGGACGGAAGGCAAAACCGGAUAUCCGAUCGUCGACGCCGCCAUGCGCCAACUGAAUCACUGCGGCUACAUGCACAAUCGCAGUCGGAUGAUCGUGGGUUCUUUUCUCGCGAAACAUCUCCUCCUCGAUUGGAGAAUGGGCGAGAGAUAUUUCAUGGAACAUCUGAUUGAUGGCGAUUUUGCGAGUAAUAACGGGGGAUGGGGAUUCUGCGCUAGUACGGGGGUAGAUCCGCAGCCGUAUUUCAGAAUCUUUAAUCCGCUGCUACAGAGUGAAAAAUUCGAUGCAGAGGGUGAGUAUAUCCGCAAAUGGGUCGAGGAGCUGAGGGGGGUCAAGGGAAAGGCGAUUCAUGAACCGUAUGGAGAUAAAGAGGCGGCGAAGACGGCGAGGAAAAUGGGAUAUCCGGAGAGGAUUGUGGAACAUAAGAUAGAAGAAGAAAGGAAGAAAGUCGAGUAA